CGCCAACGAAGCCUCGUUACGGGCCGCCAUGUUUAAUGGUUACAGCGACUCCAUCCGGCCUGUCCUCGACCAGAACGACUCGGUACAGGUGCACUUUACUCUGGAGCUUCUCAACGUGGAGUCACUGGAGGUGAAAACACAGACACUGUCCUGUACCAUUUGGCUUGUUGUUAAAUGGAUGGACGAGAAAAUGAAGUGGGACCCGAGUGUGUAUGACGGAGCAGACAAGUUUUUCGUUCACAGUGGUGACGAUAACGAUAUCUGGAAGCCUGAUCUGUCCGUGUCUAACACAAUCGACACAUUCGAGAGACUUGGCAGCAGUGACGUCCCCAUUAUCAUCCAACACAACGGCCAGGUUACUAUGGAAGCGGGAAAGGUCGUCAAAACGCACUGUGAGGUCGAUAUGACGUAUUAUCCCUUCGACUCACAGCAGUGCGAGAUUAUCAUCGGUGCCUGGGUAUACACGACGCACGAGGUCAACAUGACAACGGAAGGCGUGAACGUCGACAAUUACCGUCCGAACGGCGAGUGGGAGAUUUCAUCUAUUCAUGGCGAACGUCACGAUAUGACGUUCGACACCGAACCUCAGUCCGUCCUCUGGUACACGCUGAAGUUCAGACGACGUCGUCCGUUCUUCACGAUGCAUAUCAUUCUGCCUAUGUUGUUUCUCAGUGUUCUCAACAUCAUUGUCUUCGUCCUUCCACCGGAUGCCGGAGAGAAGAUGUCCCUAGCCAUCACGAACCUGCUGUCCUUCGCUGUUUUCCUCACCCUCUUCAGCGAUCAUAUGCCCCACAGUUCCCGACAUACUCCCAUCAUUAGCGUGUAUCUGGCCACAACAUUCAUCAUCAGCGUGUUUUCCGUCGUGUUUGCCACACUUGUGCUGCGUCUGCACUUUCACGAGGGUCCAGUCCCACGCUACCUGAGAACGCUUUACUGCGGCUAUUUAUCAAAGAUCCUGUGUUCACGAAACAGUUCGUGUCCGGCUUGCAAUCAUAAGGAACGUCACGUUCAAGAAGAAAAAUGGGUUCCAGAAACUCCAACAGAAGACAGACGACCCGAGGCAAAUUUGGCGUGGACAGUCGCGAAAGCUGACGAGAGUCCGUCGUCUGGUCAAACAAAUCUCGCAGCCAGCGGACGACAGGCUAUAGAUCAUGUGAUCACGUGGAGAACGAUUGCUCAGAUCACAGAUUGGAUGGCGUUCUUGAUGUUUCUCAUGGCGACGCUGACAGUGGGCGCUAUCGUUGUGAUAAGACUAGUGACCGGAGAAUGAAAUAGCGCUUGACGUCAGUUGACCAAUGGGAAGCUGACGUCUCUGAUUUAGUUGCACGUCAAGAAUCUUUUAUUAAAUUGACCAGUGCUAUAAUCAAGAUGGCCUCAUUACGUUAUCACAAUCCUUUGUACUUUAUUAUUGAUAAGAAUUCGACGCUCGAAUUAUUUGCUAUCAAACUAAAUGGGAGUGACCACAAAAUGUACAGCCGUUCACAACUGGUGAAGAAAUAGGAGGAUAGUCUUAUAUUCUUGUGCAUAAUCUCGCAUUUUCGUGAAUAAUCUCAUAUUUCCCCUAAUAAUCUCGUAUUCUCGUCACUAAUCUCGUAUUCUCGUAACUAAUUUCGUAUUUUCCUGAACAGUCUAGUGUUCUCGUGAAUAAUCUUAAACUUAAACACUAACCUUGUAUAUAGAAAACUAGUAGUUUGUGUGAUAAAUUGUAUUUGAUAAGUGGGUUACCCCAAUUUACUUCAUAUGGGAACGAAAGUUAUGGUAUUUAAUCUUCUCUGGAAAAUAACUACGCUAUCUACAUUGACAUAUCCGCCUGAAAGUAAGCCAUGAUUAAUAUCGAUACUCACCGAUCCAUACUUAGUAGAAGUGUGAUAAUUGCACAUUGUGACACAUAACUUAAACUUGUUUAAGAGAUCUUGGUUAUUUAAGCUAAUGUAGUAACAAUAAUAUUUAUCGUUUAUAUAA